GCCGCCCGCACCCGGGUCCCGGGGCCCGCGCCCGCGCCCAGCCAUGGCCCGCGCCCUGCCCUGGCUGCUGCUCUGGGUGGGCGCCGGGGUGCUGCCCGUGCGCGGCGCGCGGCCCGGAAUCCGGCUGCCCCUGCGGAGCGGAGCGGGGGGCGCCCCCCUGGGAUUGCGGCUGCCCCGCGAGACGGACGGGGAGCCCGAGGAACCCGCGCGGAGGGGCAGCUUCGUGGAGAUGGUGGACAACCUGCGCGGCAAGUCCGGCCAGGGCUACUACGUGGAGAUGACCGUGGGCAGCCCCCCGCAGACGCUCAACAUCCUGGUGGACACGGGCAGCAGUAACUUCGCCGUGGGCGCUGCACCCCAUCCUUUCCUGCACCGUUACUACCAGAGGCAGCUGUCCAGCACUUACCGGGACCUCCGCAAGGGCGUGUACGUGCCCUACACCCAGGGCAAGUGGGAAGGGGAGCUGGGCACGGACCUGGUGAGCAUCCCCCACGGCCCCAACGUCACCGUGCGUGCCAACAUCGCUGCCAUCACCGAGUCAGACAAGUUCUUCAUCAACGGCUCCAACUGGGAGGGCAUCCUGGGCCUGGCCUACGCGGAGAUCGCCAGGCCCGACGACUCCCUGGAGCCUUUCUUUGACUCGCUGGUCAAGCAGACGCACGUCCCCAACCUCUUCUCCCUGCAGCUCUGCGGCACUGGCUUCCCCCUCAACCAGUCGGAGGCGCUGGCCUCCGUGGGCGGGAGCAUGAUCAUCGGGGGCAUCGACCCGGCCCUGUACUCGGGCAGCCUCUGGUACACGCCCAUCCGGCGCGAGUGGUACUAUGAAGUGAUCAUCGUGCGCGUGGAGAUCAACGGGCAGGACCUGAGAAUGGACUGCAAGGAAUACAACUACGACAAGAGCAUCGUGGACAGUGGCACCACCAACCUCCGCCUGCCCAAGAAGGUGUUUGAGGCUGCGGUGAAGUCCAUUAAGGCCGCCUCCUCGACAGAGAAGUUUCCGGAUGGCUUCUGGCUGGGGGAGCAGUUGGUGUGUUGGCAGGCAGGCACCACCCCCUGGAACAUCUUCCCGGUCAUCUCGCUCUACCUGAUGGGUGAGGUCACCAACCAGUCCUUCCGCAUCACCAUCCUGCCACAGCAAUACCUGCGGCCAGUGGAGGAUGUGGCCACAUCGCAGGAUGACUGUUACAAGUUCGCUGUGUCCCAGUCGUCCACGGGCACUGUCAUGGGGGCUGUCAUCAUGGAGGGCUUCUACGUGGUCUUCGACCGUGCGCGGAAACGCAUCGGCUUUGCUGUCAGCACGUGCCAUGUGCACGACGAGUUCCGGACGGCGGCCGUGGAGGGCCCCUUCGUCACGGCGGACAUGGAGGACUGCGGCUACAACAUCCCCCAGACGGACGAGUCCACGCUGAUGACCAUCGCCUACGUCAUGGCGGCCAUCUGCGCCCUCUUCAUGCUGCCGCUCUGCCUCAUGCUGUGCCAGUGGCGCUGCCUGCGCUGCCUGCGCCAGCAGCAGGACGACUUCGCCGACGACAUCUCCCUGCUCAAGUGAGGCGAGCACCCCGCGGCCCUGCUGGAGGAGACAGGGUGGGGUGCAGGGCGCGCUGGGGCCUGGAUGGCUCCGGGUCACCUCAGACUGGAGCUGGGAAACCCUGCCGGCCGCCCCGGCCCUCUGCCCUCUGGCCCCUCUCGGGAGGAGGCGGGUCGCACCCACAUCGCUGUGCCGAGGUCGCGGGGAGUCUGCGGAGGCUCUGGCCAGGGACAGUCGCCGAGUUGCCUCCGAAACUGACCCAAGACCGCUGGGCAGGAUCUUGGGACCGACUGCACGGUCCCCAGAGGACUCGAGGACCAAGGAGAAGCCGGAGCAGGGCGGGCCACUGUGUCUCAGGCAGCAGCCCCUGGACUGAGCCGCCCAUCGAGGUGUGGGCUCCCUGGACCCCUGACCAGAUGUCAGGUGGGAGGGCGGCUCCGGGGAGCCCCAAGCUCUCUUCAGCUCUCUGUAAAGUGCCCACUGAGAAGUUCCACUCGAGCAGUGGAUUCCUCCCUCAGCUGCCCCCCCCACACCCCAGCCCCGCACUCCCUGGCAGCGCUGACCCGCCGCACCCCUGCACCCAGGUCCAUGGGGACGCGGCAGGGGUGCUCCGUCUUCCUGGUCGCUUGUCCCCUCCCGUGCGCCAUCCUUACCCCUCUGGAGCUUUGCAGUUGAGGUGCCAUGAGGAAAGGCCAGGAGCCCCCUCCUGCUUGGAGGGCGGGGACGCAGGGACGCGGGGACACGGUGCCGGGCUGAGCCCGUGCGCCACGGCCAGGGCUCCCCCACUGGGCUGGAGCGAGGAGUGCGCAGACCAGCCUGGCCGCUGUCUCGUUGCCUUCUCCCCCUCUGCCUGGCCCUGGCCUUGGCUGGAGCGGGUCAGCCCCUUCCCUGCUCUUCCCCGCGCCCGGAGGCGGGCUGGGUGGUGGGACUGUGUCUCAGCUGACCCGAUGCCAGCGUUUGCGGGAACAGCUGCGUUUGCCAAGCAGGCCCGCAGACCCCCUGUGCCUGUCAGGUCAGGAUGCGGCCUGGAGCUGGGGGGUCACCUGGUGAGGGGGGAGGGACGCCCACAAGCCAUAAACUAAUAAAACGAAAAUCAUGAGUCCGUUCUUUUUUUUUUUUUAAAUCUGGGUUCUCUUCAUUCCCAACGCGCCUGGUGCUGCCCAGGCUGCUGGGACCCCGAGCCUCCCAGGAGCCACGAGGCGGGCCGGGCAGGAAGGCUGGACACCGUCCACUUCCAGCCCAGAACUUCCUGUGUAAAUAAACUUCCACAGUUGCUACGUGACACGAAAA